AUGGGUUACUCUAGCAAGCAUGUCAUUACAAAAUUAAAAUCUAUUUAUGCCAGACACGGCAUUCCUAAACCUUUUGUUUCAGACAAUGGCCCUCCUUAUAAUUCAAAAGAAUUUAAUCAGUUUUGUAAUGAUUGGUCUAUUGAACACAUAACAUCGAGCUCUCAUUUUCCGCGAUCUAACGGCAUGGCAGAGCAUUAUUACACAGCGUUAUUGCAUUACAGAACAACUCCUAAAGGUAAUUUACCUAGUCGUAGUCAAUUAUUGAUGUCACGUCAGUUAAGAACAAAAUUACCAACUAUAGAUACAAAUUUAGAACCAAAAAUUGUGAAUAAUGAAAAGUACAAGAUUCAAGUCGAACAAAAUAUAAAAAAAAUGUCUGAAAAUUUUAACAAAAAAGCCGUCAAAUUACAACCAAUUUUUCCAGGUGAAGAAGUCAUGUUCAAGCGUACACCACUUUAG